AUGGCUACUAUAGCAUAUAGCAAGUAUGACAAGCAAUUAGAGAUGAAUGACCAGAAUAAUACCUCAAUGACAAAAAUAAGAGAGGUUGAGAGUAUCGGCGCCGGCCUGGACUUUGCUGGGAUUGAUGUCGUUAUGGUCAAAUCCGCAAUUGAGCGUGUCUCCAGAGGCUUAUCUGUCGACGGACCAGAAGCAAUGGCUGUGGUUGGACUUAUGCAGCGUGCUCAGACUUUGCGAGCUACGCUAGAAACAGCGAGGAAGGAAGGUGCCGAUUGUUAUACCCGUUUCAUGCCCCUCGCGCAGUCGAUAAUGGAUGCUAUCAUAAGUCAAGCGUUGGUCAAGUCGAUACAGCAAGUGAUAGAUGAUGAUGGCUCUGUCAAGGACUCUGCGAGUUCUGAAUUGAAACGUUACAGAGAUCAAGUUCGGGCGCUCGACAGGAAGUUAUUACAACUGAUGGACAAGUUAACAAGAGAAGAUAAGAGUCAAGGUUCCACCAUGGAAGUUUGCAGUAUUAAUGGAAGAUGGUGCAUGAAAACAAUGGGUGAUAGGGUUACAUCUUUUGAAGGAUUAUUGUUGACCAGUGGCUCAGGUGCUGCCAGUUUCAUGGAGCCAAUAGUUGCUGUCUCCCUGAAUGAUGAAUUACAACAAGCAAGAGCUUUAGUAUCCAAGGCUGAAGAAGAUGUACUCUCAAAAUUAAGUGAUAAGAUACUGGGAGAACUUAGUCACAUUCAAAACUUGUUGCGCAUCAUAAUUCAACUGGAUAUUGUCGGUGCCCGAGCUAAGUACAGUAUUGCAUAUGAUGGUACAAUUCCAGAGUUAUGUUUACCAGGUGAUAUGAACAUCAAUGAUGGCGACUUUCCUGUGCACAAGUCUUUCAAAAGGAAUUCCUUUUCUGAUCUUCCUCAAAGGGAGUGGAAAUUAUACAUGCGGAAAGCUUACCACCCUUUGUUACUUAGACAACAUCGGGAGAGUCUAAACAAAGCCAGGAAGGAUAUUGCUGUUGCUACUGCUGAUAUAAGGAGGAAGAAAUUGCAAGGGAACAAUCCUACAACACAAGAUAAUAUUGAGUUACGUCUUUCCUUCUUGAAAAACAGAGUUUUGGAAUUGGAAAAGGAACCUCCUGUCCCUGUGGAUUUUGUUGUUUCUACGAAAACCAUUGUGCUGGUGAUUACUGGGCCAAACACUGGGGGCAAAACUAUCAGUCUAAAGACAGUUGGCCUAGCAUCUUUGAUGGCUAAGGCAGGUCUUUAUGUGCUGGCAUCUGAACCUGUGAAAAUUCCAUGGUUUGAUGCAAUUUUUGCUGAUAUUGGCGAUGAGCAGUCCCUCACCCAGUCAUUGUCUACUUUUUCUGGCCACUUAAAACAGAUCAGUGCUCUCCGUGCACAGUCAACAAACAAGUCACUGGUGCUUCUAGAUGAAGUUGGUGCAGGAACAAAUCCACUUGAAGGAGCAGCCUUGGGCAUGUCACUUCUAGAAUCUUUUGCUGAAUAUGGUUCUUUUUUAACGAUAGCUACAACACAUCAUGGAGAACUGAAAACUUUGAAGUACAGUAAUGAUGCGUUUGAGAACGCUUGUGUAGAAUUUGAUGAAAGGAGCUUAAAGCCAACAUAUAAGAUUCUCUGGGGAAUACCAGGUCGUUCAAAUGCCAUUAAUAUUGCUGAAAGAUUAGGGUUAUCCAAUCACAUAUUAGAAAAAGCACGCAAGCUACAUGGAACAUCUGGUGCUGAAAUCAAUGAAGUCAUAGUUGACAUGGAGACUUUUAAACAAGAUUUUCAGCAACAUCUUCGAGAGGCAGAACACUAUUUGAUGUUGUCAAGGAAGCUUCAUGAUGAUCUUUUGAUGGCAAAGCAGACUAUUUCUGAACACAGUGUCGUCCAGAGGAACAGAAAACUUAAAGCAGUCUCGGAGACUGCAACCGUAGCACGUUCUAUCCUUCGCAGUAAGCUGCAACAGUUUCGGGAGUCGGCAAUAGCCCAAAAGUCGUCGCAGAUUUCUAAAACAGGUGAUAGUGGACCGUCGAGUGGAAGUACCAAAACGUUGCGAUCAUCUGACAUUGUCAAUAAGAAAAUUGGAUCUUCAAGCCCCCUUCAACUUUCUAAUGAGAAGCAAAAUGUAAUUCCAGAGGUCGGUCAUACAGUUUUUGUUCCGUCCCUGGGAAAACAAGCCAGGGUGCUAAAAGUGGAGGCAUCCAAAGGAGAGAUAACAGUUCAAGCCAGUAACAUGAAGUUGAGAUUAAAAUUGAGUGAUGUUCAGGGUCGAACUAGUUGACCAAACCUUUUGCUAGAUUGCAACUUUUUUUUUUUUUUUUUUUGACUACAGACAUUUGUACAAUUUUUAAAGAAGGGUUGGGGUCUUAUGGUACUUGAUGAUUGUAUUUGAGUUUACCAUCCAGUUCCUAUUCUAUGGUCUCAGUAUUUCCACUUUUUAA